GCGGCCGCGGGCACCGGAAGCGGCGUCGGCGCCGGAGCUGCUGCAGGUGGCGGGAAAUGGCGGCCGGUGAUUGCGACGUGACGAUGGCCCCAGAAGUGAGCUCGGAGGAGGAGGCGGACAUGGAGAGAGAGGCUGAAUUAUUCAAGGAACAAGGCAACGCAUUUUAUGCCAAGAAGGACUACAAUGAAGCAUAUAAUUAUUACACAAAAGCCAUAGAUAUGUGCCCUAAAAGUGCCAGUUACUACGGUAACCGGGCAGCCACUCUUAUGAUGCUGUGCAGGUUCCGGGAGGCUCUCGAAGACGCACAGCAAGCAGUGAGGCUGGACGACACCUUCAUGAGGGGCCACCUGCGAGAGGGGAAGUGCCACCUUUCUUUAGGAAACGCCAUGGCUGCUGGCCGUUGCUUUCAACGAGUUCUGGAGCUGGAACCCAGCAGUACUCAGGCAGUUCACGAGCUGAAGAACGCAGAGGCUUUGCUAGAAUAUGAAAGAAUGGCCGAGGUUGACUUUGAGAAGCGGGAUUUCAGGAAGGUUGUAUUUUGUAUGGAUCGUGCCCUUGAGUUUGCUCCCGCCUGCCACCGUUUCAAAAUGCUGAAGGCUGAGUGCUUAGCACUGCUGGGUCGCUAUCCUGAUGCCCAGUCUGUAGCCAGUGAUAUUUUACGUAUGGACUCGACUAAUGCCGAUGCCCUGUACGUGAGGGGUCUGUGCCUUUACUACGAGGACUGUAUCGAGAAGGCCGUGCAGUUCUUUGUCCAGGCUUUGAGGAUGGCACCUGAUCACGAAAAGGCUCGGCUCGCUUGUAGGAAUGCCAAAGCUUUGCGAGCCAAAAAGGAAGAGGGCAACAGCGCGUUUAAAGAAGGUUCCUUCGAUAAGGCAUACGGACUUUAUACAGAGGCCCUGAAAAUAGACCAGAAUAACAUUAAAACCAACGCAAAAUUGUACUGUAAUCGUGGAACGGUUGGAUCCAAGCUUAAUAAGAUGCCACAAGCAAUAGAGGACUGCACGAAUGCAAUAAAACUCGAUGAGACGUAUAUCAAAGCGUACAUGAGGCGAGCACAGUGUUAUAUGGAUACAGAACAGUACGAGGAAGCCGCAAGGGAUUAUGAAAAAAUUUACCAGGCGGAAAAAACAAAAGAACACAAACAGCUGCUUAAGAAUGCGCAGUUGGAGCUGAAGAAGAGCAAACGAAAAGAUUAUUACAAAGUUCUCGGCGUGGACAAAAAUGCCUCAGAGGAUGAGAUUAAAAAAGCUUAUAGGAAGAGGGCACUGAUGCAUCAUCCAGAUCGUCACAGUAGCUCCAGUCCAGAGAUGCAGAAAGAAGAGGAGAAGAAAUUUAAAGAGGUCGGAGAAGCUUUCAGCAUCCUGUCAGAUCAGAAGAAGAAGGCACGCUACGAUAGCGGUCAAGAUUUGGAAGAUGAUGGCAUGAAUUUUGGUGAUUUUGAUGCUAAUAAUAUUUUCAAGGCAUUUUUUGGUAGUCCGGGUAGCUUCAGUUUCGAAGCUUCUGGUCCCGGCAACUUUUUCUUCCAGUUUGGCUAACCUGCAACCUUUUGUUCAGUGUCAUUGGGUAUAAUUCAAGCAAAAAAAAUAAGAAAUAAGCCCUCGUUUCCCUAUUGUGUUUAACCUAUUUAGAGGGGUCGGGGGGGGGGGGGGGGAACCUUUCAUGUUUCAGUUGAAUACCUCUUGUCCUCAUGUACUUGUAUGUUUUGUUGGAAAAAAAGCAGCCGUUAUCACAGGACGUGAAGCAAGCCUGUCGAACCUUUGUUUUAUAAUCAUAUUAAAAUGAAACCAAUCACUUUGUUUUGAACUAUAUAGUCCCUCAAGCUUCAGUGAGGUAACGGAAACGUUUGGACCAUACACGUAAACCCACCACACUGCUUAGUUUAUUGUUCCCCAAAUGAUGUACUGCGCUGCUCAGCAGAGCCGUACGUAAUAUCAAUAGGCUUAUAAAACGAGUUCCAACCACUUCCAGAUGUUCCAUGGAGAGUUACGCAAACUACCCUCUCCGCACCGUUCAAUAUUCUUUGGAGUGAUAACUCCCGCUUUGAAUUCCUAGUUGGAACAAUAAGAGCACGUACUGCGUACUGGCAGUUACCGGCUGCUAGGGUUAACUUACGAGUGGAUUGGGAGGGGGGGGGAGGCGGAGAGAAAGAGAGAGAAAGAUCCAAGACCUCUCGUAAAAUCCAGGCUUUCAAGAAACUCACGGCAGUUUCAGUGUACAUGUGGGGUUAUUACACAACUAUAUGAUGUUAGUUACAGGCACCCGUUAAAAGUUACUAAAUGAUUGUGAGUGGGAAAGGGGUGGGGGGGUGGGAGGGGAAGCAUUGACUGCCACAUUGUAGAUAGAAGAUAAGGACGGUGCUUUGUAAAUGCGACACUCAGCAAACUUCAUAUUGGUGAUGUGAUUUGCUGUCGAGCCAUUCCGUGGCCUCUUCUUGUACUCUUUCCCUUCUCUUGUUUUCCCCCCCCCUCGACUAUCACAGCGACAUUAGCUCUGUGACGUCAGUCCUUCUGAUCGCAGGAGCAGGACUGACUGGUGAAGUUCGGGUAACUGGGCGCAGUGGAUUUUAUUUUCUGCUCAACAGUAAGUUGUUGUCGAUGUCCCUUUGGGUAAAUAAGUACUUUGGAAACGCACCAACAAUCUGUGGGAAUGGAUUUGGGAAACUGCAUUCUGUGCAGACCCUGGAGACAGGAUUGGGUGCUAUUAUCUCUGU